AUGUUAGGUUGGUUUUGGAGUCAUAAUAAAGAGCUCCUAGGAGACCUCUUGACUUAUGCGGCGAGACGCAACUGCGUGGCCGGAGCUAGGUGGAUCUCGCACCAUACCGAAAGCCACGACUGGCGCCUAGCUCUAUUUGCAGCUGCCGAUAAAACAGAGCGAGAGAGCGCUGAAAUCUUUGGAAUCCUUAUGCACCACCCGCCUCCGGGAUAUAAAAGGGACGGUAGGGGCCGCACGGGCCGCACACUCUCUGAGGAUCUUUUGAUCAUGAUCGUUGGUAAAGCGUGUACUAAAAGUCGGGUGUAUGAUUUGAUUCUCUCGGGCGAAUGCUCCAAUGAGGAAAUAUAUCGCUUGCAGAGCGAGAAAGCAUGUUUGGAAGAGGUUGCUGUUCAGAAGAUCUAA